UAGUCCCUGCGCUCGCCUGCGCCCGGCAGUGUCAGCUGACGGCCAUCCCUCCACUUACAACAGCGGGGCGGCCACUCGCCCUGACGCGCGCAGAGACCCGAACAAAGCCCGUGGGAAUCAUGUGGCGUUCCUGAAGGGUCACCUAGACGACCCAGUCCAGCUCCACCCACAGUGCCUGGCAACCUAGACCAGUCAGGGACGCGGCAGGAAAUGGAAGAGCCUCCGCAAGAGGCUCUGGCUGAACCCUUGGAACAUGAAAGCCCAGCCGCUCCCUCAAGUGCUGGCCACACUAAUGGCCAGGAAGACGACGACCAGAAGAACCAGGCCGAAAGGAAGGCAGAUAACCACACUGCUCACAGAAUAGCUGACCAGACUGCCCUAAGAGUGCCUAGCCAGGCUAAGUCCAACAUAUUUAGCCAAACUACCAAUGGAGUAGCUGAACAAAAUGGGCGUAGUACACCUGGUCAGGCUGGCCACAGAGCAUCCGACCCUGCUAAUGUUUCUGACCUUAGAGCAGAUGAUCAGGUUGACCAAACACCAUCUGAACAAACUGAAGGCAAGGCAUCUAGCCAAGCUAAUAAUGUACAGUAUGAACAGAGUGAUGGUCAGGUGUCUGGCCUGACCGAGGAAAGAACUGCUGAACAGAUUGAACGAAGAUUAUCUAGCCAGGCUGAGAGAGUAACUUCUGGGCAGAUUGAUGGUAGACUGUCUAUGCCAUCUGACCAGAAAGGUUCCAGACAGACUGACCACAGAAUGUCAGGCCAGUCCGAGAGAAGAGCUUCCGAGCAGAUGGACCGUAGACUAUCUGACAAGGCUGAGGGAAUAACUUCUGAGCAGAUUACAUACACAUUAUCCAGACUAUCUGAGAAAAGACCUUCUGUGCAGAUUGACAGUGGGCCAUCCGUACCAUCUGACCGAAGUCCUUCUGUGCAGAUUGACAGUGGGUCAUCCGUACCAUCUGACCAAAGACCUUCAGUACAGAUUGACCGCAGAAUGUCAGGCAAAGUUAGGAGAACUUCUGUGAAGACUGACUACAGAUUGGCUAGCCUGGUUGACCAAGGAACUUCUGAGCAGAUUGACCUCAGAUCGCAUGGCCUCAUUGACCACAAAACAUCUGUAAAAACUCACCACCAAGUGUAUGGCAAAGCCACUGAACUAGCUGAACACCAGACUAUUGACCAAGCUCAUAGUAAUGCUGAUCAACCUCCAGUUGACAAGGCUGACUACAGUGAAUCUGACCAGAUUGACCACUUAGCAGACAGACAAGCUAAUCACAAAGACCAACUGUCUUCCUAUGAAAGACAUGACCAGUCUGAAGACAGGAUAUUUCCCCAGUUAGGCAAUAGCAAGAAGGACAAAGAGGCUGACUACAGAGUACAACCCUGCAAAUUUGAGGACAGCCAAGUAGACCUCAAUUCCAAGCUUUCAGUUGAAAUGGAAACUCAAAAUGCAACCACUACCCCAGCCUACCACCCAGUUGAUGCCAGAUUCACCAGUAAUUUCCAAGCAAAAGACCAAGCCCUUUUCCCAAGACUCCCCUCCAUCUCAUCCAAAUUGAACCAUAUUAGUAGUCAAGAAAAAACUCAAGCCGUAGCAACCAAAUCUGAUGAAUUUUCAGAAAUUGAGCAAGGAAAGAGUUAUCGUAUACGCAAUCAAACUUGUAGAAGGUUCCCUUCUAUAGUUUAUGAAGAUCCUUAUCAAGUUGCACUCCAAUACAUGGAAAAACACCACAUUCUGCAAAUAUUCCAGCAGAUUACUGAAAACUUAGUCUAUGAAAAGCCAGAGGACCCCCUGAAUUUUAUGCUGUGCCAGGUAUAGAAUUGGAGAAAAAGAACAACCUUUUAAUUCUCUUUAUUGUAAAAUACAGCACACAUACAGCAAAGUGUAUAGAACAAAGUACGUACAACUCUGAAUUCUUAUGAAGCAAACAUACCUUUGAUUACCAUUCAAGUUUUAAAAAAAUAAAUAAAACAUAACCAGC